AUGAGAAGAAAAGACAAAAGAGAUAAAAGAAGAGAAAGAGAAAAAAGAAGAGAAAUGAAAAGAUUAAUGAUUCGAAUGUUUCACAAGAAACAAGAUCAAAGAAUUGUAGGGAAGAUAGAAGAGAAAGGGAGACAAGGAGUUUUUGUAAGAGAGAAACCAGUAUUUUGUGUACCAAGUAAUGGGAAUGAAGUUAAAGAACUUAUAGAUGGAGAAGAAACGAUGAAAGAGAUUGCGGAAAGGAUAGAAGAAGCUAAAGAGAGUAUAUAUAUAACAGAUUGGAGAAUAGAUCCAGAGAUAAUUUUAAUAAGAAGAGGAACACAUAGAUUAAAAGGGAAGACAUUAAAAGAAAUACUUGAAAAGAAAGGAGAAGAAGGGGUUAAUAUUAAAAUAAUAAUAUAUUCAUCACCAAUAUUUAUGGAUAUAGUAAAAGGAGAAGAAAAGAGAAAUAUAUUAGAAGAAAAAGAAAAGAUAGAAUGUUAUUGUCAUAAAUGGAUGAUGGGAUAUAGUCAACAUGAGAAAACUAUAAUUAUUGAUCAUAAAAUAGGAUUUUUAGGAGGGAUUGAUUUAGCAGAAGGAAGAUGGGAUACAAAAGAACAUUUUAUAGAAACAGAUAAUAAAGAAAAAGGGGAAGAAAUAAUUAAAGAAGAAUGUUAUAAUACAAUGAUAAAUAAAGAAGAGAAUCAAGAAAAAAUAAGAUUACCAUGGCAUGAUAUUCAUUGUAAAAUUGAAGGACCAGCAGUUAAUGAUAUAGAAAGGAAUUUUAUAGAGAAAUGGAAUAAAAUAUGUAAAAAAGAAGAAAGAAUAAUAAAAGAAAAAGAAGAAAAUAAAAUAAAAGGAACGAUGUCAGUUCAAAUAGUUAGAUCAAAUUCAAAAGAAGCAGGAGGGAAAUAUAAAGUUGAAAGAGGAUGUUAUGAAGGAAUAGUUAGAAUUAUUGAAAGAGCAGAAGAUUAUAUUUAUAUUGAAGAACAAUUUUUUAUUUCAAAUUAUGGAGGCAAAAGAAUAUGGAAUUUAAUAAGUUUAACAAUUGGAAAUAAAAUAAUUGAAGCAUAUAAAAAGAAAAAAAAAUUUAAAGUAAUUAUUGUAGUUCCAAUUUGGAGUGAAGGAGAAUUAAAAUCAAAUAUUGUUAAAACAAUUAUGAAAUUAUUUAGAAAAACAAUAAUAAGUGGAAAAUUAAGUUUAAUUGAAAGAAUGAAAAAAGAAGGAAUUAAAAAUAUAGAAGAAUAUCUUAAAAUAUUAACAUUAUAUACAUUUGGAAAAAAAAAAAAAGAAGGAAAAGAAAUAAUUAUUGGAUCACCAAUUUAUGUUCAUAGUAAAUGUAUUAUUGUUGAUGAUCAAUAUGUUUUUAUUGGAAGUGUUAAUAUUAAUGAUAGAUCACUUAUAGGAGAAAGAGAUACAGAAAUUGGAGCAAUUAUUGUUGAUUCAAAUAAAAUUGAAAUUGAAAUUAAUGGUAAAAUAAAAUAUGUUAAUAAAUUUGCAUUAAAUCUUAGAAAUAGAAUUUGGUCAGAACAUUUAAAUUUAGAAGAAAUAGAAAUUAAAAAAUUAAAAAAUGAUCCUAUUAAAAUUAUUGAUAAUAUUAUUUAUCCUAUAAGUGAAAAAAAUACAAUUAUUUAUGAAAAAAAUUUUGAUUUCUUUCCUUCAAAUAAAUAUCCUAAAUUUAUAGAUUGUAAAAAACAUCUUUAUCCAGAAUUAAUUGGUGAUAAAAAAUAUUUAAAAGAUAUUAAAGGACAUUUUAUUAAAUUUCCAUUAGGAUUUGGAAAAGAUGAAAAAGCAUCUCUUGGAAUGGGAAAUAUAUUAAUAGAAUAA